AUGUCGGAACCUCAAAAGCGAGAUCAAAAGUCUGAUCCAAUGGGGAUACUUGAAUCGGUGCCCGACCGUGCUCAUGAUCACGUAAAACCUGAGAAAUGCGAUCAAGAGGAUGUUCACCGCCCCGUCGCCCCAUUUGAUGCUGGCCCAUUCGCCAAGCCCCCUUCUCGUGGAUCCGCUGGAGUCACCUCCACGAUUAUCGGUGGACCUGCAGCGGGGGCUAGCUCCUCAUCCUCCAACAAAGCCAAAGCUUUCGCUCGGAACAUAUGCAUCACUGAAGGUACCAACAAGAAAGCGAAGUCCCUCCCUUCGAUAUCUUUCUCCGACCAAGAUUUUGGCGAUAUCCAAACCCCUCAUGACGAUGCUUUGGUAGUCACGAUGGGCAUAGCAAACUUUGACGUGAAGCGUAUCUUGGUGGAUAAUGGCAGUUCAGCUGAUAUCCUGUUCGGCGCAACUUAUGACCUCAUGGACCUCAGUCACAACUGCCUCAAACCUGUUGAAUACCCUUUGCAAGGUUUCUCCGGAUCCCAAGUAAAGGUAUCUGGCUCUAUUGAUCUCCCCCUGACGGCUGGAUCCGAGGAUUUACAAUCCACAGUCAUGAUCACCUUCUUGGUCGUAGAUGUUCCAUCCUCUUACAAUGCCAUCUUAGGGCGCAUCGGGUUGAAUGCUCUACAUGCCAUUAUCUCUAUGCCACAUCUCAAGAUGAAGUUCCUCGUAAAGGAUGGAAUCAGUGAAUGCAAAGGCAACCAACUAGCCUCUAGGAAAUGCUGUGCCACCUCUUUACGGGGGAAAUUCGUUCACGCUGAGGCCCUACCCAUUUUCGUUGAAGACCUACGCGACGAUACCACUCUAGGUCGUGCUAAGUCAGCUGAAGAUUUAUCUCUUAUUGACCUUGUUGAAGGGGAUUCAUCUUGGCAACUCCAGAUAGGAUCGCACCUACAGGGUCCCCAACGUCUGCUCAUGAUCGACUUUCUCCAUGAUAAUGCGGACGUCUUUGCAUGGUGCGCUGCUGACAUGCCCGGCAUCGCUCGUAGUGUCAUCGAGCAUAAGCUGAGCGUCGAUCCCACACGCAAACCAGUGAGGCAAAAAGCCCAAAAUUUUGGAGUCGAUCGACAAGGCCAUAUUCAAGACGAAGUCCAGAAACUUUUAUCCGCAGGGUUCAUCCAAGAGAUAUCUUAUCCUGAGUGGCUAUCCAAUGUCGUGAUGGUCCCAAAACCAGGUGGCAAGUGGCGAAUUUGCAUCGAUUAUACAGAUCUUAACAAGGCUUGUCCAAAGGAUACUUAUCCACUGCCAAAGAUUGAUCAAUUAAUCGAUGCGACCGCGGGAUACGAAAUCCUUAGUUUUAUGGAUGCGUAUUCCGAGUACAACCAAAUCAAAAUGUAUGAGCUUGAGGUUCCAAAGACAUCCUUUUUAACUAAUGAUAUUCAGUUCUGCUACCUGGUUAUGCCUUUUGGGUUGAAAAAUGCAGGGGCUACAUAUCAGCGACUCGUCAAUAGGAUUUUCAAAAAACUCACCAGGAAUACAAUGGAGGCCUAUGUUGACGAUAUGCUCGUCAAAAGCAUCCACUCAGCUGAUCACCUCAAUGAUUUGGAUGCCUCUUUUUAG